GAUGUCCGCUCAGCCGGAAUAGCUCGCGACCGGAGAGACUGUUAACCUCUGCGCGAGGCUUCUCCGGGCUGCGCGCCGCGGGAAUAAAACGCUUGAUCGCGAGCAGAGCUGGCACCAGCCGUGUACGUCUCAGGCACAGCUGUGAGGCACUCCCUAUGGACACACCAUGCGCAGGAUCAGGGCCAACGCCAUUGCGAUUCUCACCGUCGCCUGGAUCCUGGGCACCUUCUAUUACCUGUGGCAGGACAAGCCGCGCGCAUCUCCCUCCUCGGCGUCUCAGCCGCGAGCUGCCGGCGUGAAAAGCCAUUUGCCGAAAUCCGCCUCGAGCAGGCUCGAGAUACAUCGCGAGGACAGGACUAUUGCACUUAUCGUAACUCACCCUCCACGGGGGGAGCCACAGGGUCAGUUGUUAGGUACUUUCGAUGAGAAGGCCUAUUUAUUGGGUAAACCGCUGCGCCCAGGAGACGACCCCUACAGGGAACAUGCAUUCAACCUGCAGGAGAGUGACCGUCUGGGCAGUGAGCGGUCCAUCCGAGACACGCGCCACUACAGGUGCGCCUCAGUGACCUUUGACCCUGACCUACCCUCCACCAGUGUCAUCAUCACCUUCCACAAUGAAGCCCGCUCCACCCUGCUGCGCACCAUCAAAAGUGUACUUGUCAGAAGUCCAGCCCACUUGAUUCAGGAGAUGAUCCUUGUCGAUGACUUCAGCUCUGACCCUGAGGACUGCCAGCUGCUGUCCCAGAUCCCAAAGGUGCACUGUCUGAGGAACGAACGCAGAGAGGGGCUGAUCCGGUCACGGGUGCGGGGGGCGGGCGUGGCCUCUGCCUCCAUCCUCACCUUCCUGGACAGUCACUGUGAGGUCAACACUGACUGGCUGCAGCCCAUGAUUCAAAGGGUCAAAGAGGACCGCACCCGGGUGGUCAGCCCCAUCAUCGAUGUCAUCAGCUUGGACAACUUUGCCUACCUGGCUGCUUCGGCUGACCUCAGAGGAGGGUUUGACUGGAGUCUGCAUUUUAAAUGGGAACAAAUACCUAUAGAGCAGAAAAUGGCCAGAAAUGAUCCUACUCAGCCAAUCAGGACACCAGUAAUCGCUGGUGGGAUCUUCGUUAUGGACGAGAGUUGGUUUAACCACCUGGGCCAGUACGACACACAGAUGGAUAUCUGGGGAGGGGAGAACUUUGAACUGUCGUUUCGAGUGUGGAUGUGUGGGGGCAGUCUGGAAAUUCUACCCUGUAGUCGCGUGGGCCACGUUUUCCGGAAACGCCACCCAUACGACUUCCCAGAAGGCAACGCUCUCACCUACAUCAAAAACACACGGCGAGCCGCAGAGGUGUGGAUGGAUGAGUAUAAGCAGUAUUACUACGCUGCCAGACCCUCUGCGCAGGGCAAAGCCUACGGAAGUAUUGCCGAUCGGCUGGCACUGAGGAGGAAACUGAACUGUAACUCCUUCCGUUGGUAUCUGGAGAAUGUGUACCCUGAGCUCAGGAUCCCGGAGCAAAAGGUGACGUACAGCCUGCUGAAGCAGGGUGAGCUCUGUCUGGAGAGCCACAACUCAGACAGUCUGAGACUAGCAGAGUGUAAGAGUGGAUCUGGCAUACCUGCCUCACAGAAAUGGACUCUGAUGGAGCCACAGAUCCGCCAGCAGGACCUGUGUUUGGCCAUCACAGCCUUUUCCUCAGGGUCAAAGGUCAGGCUGGAGCCCUGCAGCCCUAAAGAGUCCAGACAGAAAUGGAAGCCCAGAGGACCUGCGCUUCAGCAUGUGAUCAGUGGUCUGUGUCUGGACAGCCAGCCCCCAGUGGGCCCGCCAAUCACGACGCAGUGCCGCCCACAGAUGGCCAGCCAAUCCUGGGAGCCCAAGCUGGUCACCUGACUUUGAGGGGGCAUGACAAAGGAGGGAGUGAGGGGAGGAGUUUAGAAGGGUGGCAGAACUUGUGGUGCUUUAAGGCCCAGAGGAACAUGCCUGCACACAAAGUUAAGGUGCUUUCAGACGAGUAAACCAUGGCCAUGUCCAAAACCACGUCUGUAUCUUCUGCACCUCUAACCAUCCUCUUCAUGACUGAGGGUCCAUGUGAGGUGUUUUCUCUGUCCCAGCUAGUUAUAGUCAGUCACACAUUUGGACAUGGACAAAGUUUACAAUAUAAAGGAAUUAACCAUGGUUAGCUGGAGAGUUGGUUGGCAUUUUUUUUUUUUCGUUUUUGUUUUUGUUUUUCUGUUGUAUUGUUUAGUGGCUCAAAGGAAGAGACUAGUUCUGUAUAUUUAUGCCUUUGCUACCUUUGAAAAUAGUCACCCUGCAUACACACAUUAUGCUCUCAUUCCUGCAGAUGUUGCUUGGCGUAGACUGAGCAGCUGUUUUCAUCAAACUCUUGAUUGAGCCAGUGUUUCUCUUUAGACGCUCUUAUUAUUAAAUGUUUAACGGUUACCUGAAGGGAUGAUCAAAUGUGUAUAUACUAUAAAAGGUUGUCCUUUAAGCAGCAAGCUGUGUUUUCUGUGUGCCAGACGGGCAUUCGUUGGAGAACUGCAGAGAGCUUGCCAGGUUUGUUCAGGUGACACUCCAUUCCCUCCGGCCUCGGAAAUGCAGUCAGUGGAAACGCCGGUAAGCUCGGCUGAGCUGUAAUUUUUCGAACUUGUGAGCUGGAGAAGGCAAUGAAGCAGAAUUUGAUAAAAUUAUGAAACAUGCAAAUGUGGGCUAACAACUUCAUUCUUUGUUGUUAGGGGGUGGCACAGGCAGGUUUAUAAGUUUUUUUUUUAAAUGUUUGCAUGUUACUGUGAAAUACCACGAAAAGGCUUUUGUGACAUGUAAAGUCCAAAGACUGUUUUUCCUGUUUUUAGUUUGUUUGUUUACAAACUUACAUUUUGUAAAUACUUGAACAAAAUGUUUUGGAUCAUGACCAAAAGGACCAUUCAUGUGAAAAAUAAAGAGUCCAUAGCCCAGAAAAAGAAUCCUUAUACAUGCUGUAAACACAUCAAUGCAUUAAUAACAAUGUAAGAAAUUAAAUGACUAUAAUUCUU